GCACCUCCCCGGCGCGCGCCCGCCCGCUUGCUCGCCCCCGGCUCCUCCUCCUCUUCUCGCCAUUGCAGUUGGUCUGAGCAACCCGGUGCGCACCGCGUGGCUUUUGGGGGGAGACCCCGGAAGGUUGUGACAGGAGGUCAGCGGCGGUUGCGGUUGGGGAAGGGGACGCCGACAAGAGAGGGGAAGGGUGGGAGAGAGGAAAAAAAACAUGGAUCUGUUGCCUCUUGUACCUGCCUCAGCCUGAGACCAGACCUGCAACCCAGAUAGCUGAAGUAUUGAUAACACCAAGGAAAUCCGUCACAGUUUGAAAAGAUAAGCAAAAUUUGAUUUCCAGACACUACAGAAAAGGAAGUAAAAAUGCGUCCAUUGCGAAUUUUUGUGAAUGAUGAUCGCCACGUAAUGGCAAAACAUUCUUCCGUUUAUCCAACCCAAGAGGAACUGGAGGCAGUCCAGAACAUGGUGUCCCACACAGAACGUGCUCUCAAAGCUGUGUCCGACUGGAUUGAUGAGCAAGAGAAAGGCAGUGGUGAGCAAGCUGAGUCUGAGAACUUGGACAUGCCCCCGGAGGAUGAGACCAAAGAAGGGGCCGGGGAACAGAAGACAGAGCACAUGACCAGAACCCUGCGGGGGGUUAUGCGUGUUGGCCUUGUGGCAAAGGGCCUGCUGCUCAAGGGGGACUUGGACCUAGAGCUGGUGCUGCUAUGCAAAGAGAAGCCUACGACUGCCCUCUUGGACAAGGUGGCAGACAAUUUGGCCAUCCAGCUUGCUGCUGUUACAGAAGACAAGUAUGAAAUACUCCAGUCUGUUGAUGAUGCUGCGAUAGUGAUAAAAAACACAAAAGAACCUCCAUUGUCCUUGACCAUCCACCUGACAUCCCCUGUUGUCAGAGAAGAAAUGGAGAAAGUACUCGCUGGAGAAACGCUAUCAGUCAACGACCCCCCGGACGUCCUGGACAGGCAGAAAUGCCUUGCUGCCUUGGCGUCCCUCCGACACGCCAAGUGGUUCCAGGCCAGAGCCAAUGGGCUGAAGUCGUGUGUUAUUGUCAUCCGGGUCCUGAGGGACCUGUGCACCCGUGUGCCCACCUGGGGUCCUCUAAGAGGAUGGCCCCUUGAGCUUCUCUGUGAGAAGUCCAUCGGCACAGCCAACAGACCCAUGGGUGCUGGCGAGGCCCUGCGGAGAGUGCUGGAAUGCCUGGCUUCAGGAAUCGUGAUGCCAGAUGGUUCUGGCAUUUAUGACCCUUGUGAAAAAGAAGCCACUGAUGCUAUUGGGCAUCUAGACAGACAGCAACGGGAAGAUAUCACACAGAGUGCGCAGCAUGCUUUGCGACUAGCUGCAUUUGGCCAGCUGCAUAAAGUCCUGGGUAUGGAUCCUCUGCCUUCUAAGAUGCCCAAGAAACCAAAGAAUGAAAACCCAGUGGACUACACGGUUCAAAUCCCCCCGAGUACCACCUAUGCCAUUACACCAAUGAAACGCCCAAUGGAGGAGGAUGGAGAGGAAAAGUCUCCCAGCAAAAAGAAGAAGAAGAUUCAGAAGAAAGAGGAGAAGGCAGAGCCUCCCCAGGCUAUGAAUGCCCUAAUGAGGCUGAACCAGCUGAAGCCCGGGCUGCAGUAUAAACUGGUUUCCCAGGCGGGGCCAGUCCACGCCCCCAUCUUCACCAUGUCUGUGGAAGUAGACGGCAGCUCGUUCGAGGCCUCGGGACCAUCCAAGAAGACUGCCAAGCUGCAUGUGGCUGUUAAGGUGUUACAAGACAUGGGCUUGCCUACCGGUGCCGAAGGCAGAGACUCCAAUAAGGGGGAGGACUCAGCUGAGGAGACGGAGGCCAAGCCAGCUGUGGUGGCCCCUCCGCCCGUGGUAGAAGCCGCUUCGACCCCCAGUGCUGCCUUCACCUCAGAUCCCACUGCCGAGCAGGGGCCGAUCCUUACCAAGCAUGGCAAGAACCCUGUCAUGGAGCUUAACGAGAAGAGGCGUGGCCUCAAGUAUGAGCUCAUCUCAGAGACUGGUGGCAGCCAUGACAAGCGCUUUGUCAUGGAGGUCGAGGUAGAUGGACAGAAGUUUCAAGGUGCUGGCUCAAACAAAAAGGUGGCAAAAGCAUAUGCCGCCCUUGCUGCACUAGAAAAGUUGUUCCCAGAUGCCCCUCUGGCCCUUGAAGCCAAUAAGAAGAAGAGAACACCUGUGCCUGUCAGGGGUGGACCGAAAUUUGCUGCUAAGCCGCAUAACCCUGGCUUUGGCAUGGGAGGCCCCAUGCAUAAUGAAGUGCCCCCACCCCCGAACCUUCGAGGGCGGGGAAGAGGAGGGAACAUCCGUGGUCGAGGGAGAGGGAGAGGAUUUGGUGGUGCCAACCAUGGAGGCUACAUGAAUGCUGGCGCGGGAUAUGGCAGCUAUGGAUACGGAGGCAAUUCUGCAACAGCCGGCUACAGUCAGUUCUACAGCAAUGGAGGGCAUUCUGGGAAUGCUGGCAGUGGCGGCGGCGGGGGCGGUGGUGGCUCCUCCGGCUACGGCUCCUACUACCAAGGCGACAACUACAGCUCCCCAGUGCCCCCGAAACAUGCCGGGAAGAAGCAGCCCCAUGGGGGCCAGCAGAAGCCCUCCUACGGCUCAGGCUACCAGUCCCACCCAGGCCAGCAGCAGCCCUACAACCAGAGCCAGUACAGCAACUAUGGCCCCCCGCAGGGCAAACAAAAAGGCUAUAGUCAUGGCCAAGGCAACUACUCCUCCUACUCCAACUCCUACAGCUCCCCCGGGGGCGGGGGUGGCUCCGACUACAGCUACGAGAGCAAAUUCAACUACAGUGGUAGCGGAGGCCGAAGCGGCGGUAACAGCUACGGUUCAGGCGGGUCAUCCUACAACCCAGGGUCACAUGGGGGCUACGGAGGAGGUUCUGGGGGCGGCUCCUCCUAUCAAGGCAAACAAGGAGGCUACUCGUCACAGUCGAACUACAACUCCCCGGGGUCCGGCCAGAAUUACAGCGGCCCUCCCAGCUCCUACCAGUCAUCACAGGGAGGCUACGGCAGGAACACAGACCACAGCAUGAACUACCAGUACAGAUAAAGCCCUGAGGGUGAAGAUUUAUACCUUCAGCACUUACCCCUCCUUGUUGUAAGAUUCAGUUUUAUGCAUCACAGUUAACAUGUCUGCGGCCCGUCUGGGUCCUCUUGCCCUACCCCGUCCACGUUGCUGUGUUGUGAGGUGCAGCUGGUCACUCUGUGACCUGUUCUGUGACCCAUAUUUAGCUGUGUUUGGGACUCCGCGUCUUCAGUGGUUCGUUAGUUGCCAUUACAACUUUGUCCGAGUAGAGUUCUGAGUUCUUACAGUUCAGUAUCCCUCUGUCUAUUUACAAUUGGUGUUAGCGUUAACUCAGUUUGUCUUGAAAUAGUUACAGAAGGGAUACCUCAUCUGUUAAUGCUUUUGUGAAGUGAGUUAAACGAGCUUUCUGUAUUUUAAUGCUUUAGUGUUUCAGUUUUAUAAGUGAAGAUUUUAUUUUAAAAACCAGUGGGAAAGAGUGGGGGGCGGGUUUUGUAUGUCUGGGUCAUUCAGGCAGUACAUCUGAAUUCAGCUGAAUGUAGACAAAUAAAGAAAAAGAAAGAAAUCUGCGCCGUCGUAGGCCUGGGUGUCUGACCCUCCAAUAGUGUAAUGGGCAGGUUCCUCUACUCUGUUCCCAGUACUGGAAAGUGGGGCACGGGUGGCAGGAUGGUCCCUGUUAAUCAGAGAGGCUCUAGGUUCCAGCUCCAGGCUUAUAGACAUCUUUAUUCUGAGUUGCCCAGGGCCAGCAAUCAGUUAUUUGGAAUCUUGUAGCCCCUGUGUCUCAGCGAGCAUCAUCCCUCUAGUGUCUGCAUAAUAGCCUAGUGGCCUAUGCUGCUGUUUAGGGUUUGAUCCCACAGUUCAGCAUGCUUUGUUUUCUAUGCCAUAAAUUUUGGGUGGAGUAUAAGUGCAGUCUGAAGUUACCACGGAUUAAGUUUGGUGCACAGAUCCUAAAUGGAAAGAUUCCGAUUAAAACUGGCUGAGGCACUCCAAAAUAUGGGGAACUCCAGCCAUGGAACCAUCUAUGAUGGGGUGGCACACUGUGGCAGCCGCAGCCAUAGCCUUCCUCCCUGUUGCCUCCUCCACCCAGAAUUUCACAGAGUAUGCAGGUGGGGCUUUCUGUAAUGGCCCAGCCAUGCUCCAGCAGGUUUCUCUGGAGCACUGUUUCUCAAUCCCAGGCAAUUUUGUAGUGUUCGGGAAUCUUUUGCCAUGUAGUGGGUAAAAGCCAAGGAUACUGCAGAACAUUCUGCUCUUAAACAUCAGCAGUGCAGGGGUGUGGGAACCACCCAAGCUGCCGUUCUCAACUCUGGCCCUGCCCCGGGGGGUAGCCUAUAUGGUAAGACUCCUGUGGGCAGACAAGGUCCGGUCUGCCCCUCCGCUGGGACCCCUGUUUGUUGACUUGCCGCCUCUUCACCCUCUCAGACCAGGCGCUGUUUGUGGCCUAAGGCCCAGGAGCCCCUUUGGCCUCCCAUGCUUGGUUAGCCAUGCCCACUGGGAGAAGUUCAAACCAUUCUUGAUGCAGGAUCAUUCAGCUGAGGCAGAAACUCCAGUGUGCCUUCAAAGGAUGAAGACUUGCUUUCUGGGAGAGCGGAAAGAAAGGUGUUCUGCACUAAAAAAAGAAAACAUUGGAAAAUAUUUGCAUUCUGCUGCAGCAGAGGAGGUCUCAGAUACCAAGUGGUCCAUCCUAGGGUAAGGGGCCCUAUGAAGUCCAUCUAAGAGGUGGCCCACUAUGUGAAUGUUUGGGUCAGACUGAAGUGCCUUGGGAUCGCCUGAGGAGACAGAACUGAAGAUGGGUAUCCACCCCAGUUUGUCUCCCAUACACAUACAAGGGCCAGGACAAAGAGACUCAGGUGAGAUCAUUAGGACCUUGUGUUGGAGAUAACAGGAUACAUGCUGUGGACAGAGUCUGCAUCACUCGGAUCCACAGGGAGGAGCCCCCUGCUUUGCCUGCUAAAUGCCUUCAAACUCUGGACCUGCCUUGUCAACACAGGUCUCUCCUCACCAUCAGUUUCCCAAAUAGUGACCACCACCAUCACAUUCAAAUUUCUGAAUGUGAGUCUGUGUCUCAAAUCUUUUUUCUUACAAAGACACAAGUCAUUGGAAUUAGGGCCCACCUUAAUCCAUCUCAAGAUCCUUAAUUCCAUCUACAAAAACCCUACUUACAGAUUCACAGGCAUCAGUGUUUAAGAUGAGGAAAUACCUUUUGGGAGACACUGUUCAACCCAUUACAGUGUUGGGUGAAGGUUUCACCCAUCAGGCUGCUGGCACAGCCCAGGAAGUUUGUUGGCCACAGCCAAGUUCACCAUGAUCAAGUCUGGACAAUGCAGCCAGCAGAAUCUUUGCAGCACAGUGGAUACCUGUCCUGAGGGGAUAGCUCAUGAGCACAGGUCUUCAGGCACCUUGAUGCUGCUUGGGGACCUCACUGGUAGUGACGGGCCUGGGGGUGCAGCUGGCUGACUGCAGUAUCCCAACUCUCAGAACCUGCUGCUCCAGGAAGCUGGGUUUGGAAGAUGUGGCUGCCUGCUCAAGCAUGGCAAAGGCCUUGCUGCUGUAUACCCAUUCAAAGCUAACCAAGACCUUCCAGAUCUAUUGCUAUCCAAACCCAGGAAGCCAGCCUGGAGGAAGGCCUUCUGAGCUGCUUUUCCACCACCUCAGCUAGAGCCAUGCUGGGCACCGGAUGGCCUAUGAUGGAGAUGCUUUGUCCCAUAUGUUGCUGGAGGACAGUGUCAUGCAUCUUUCACCAGCAGAAAGCACCAGGAGCAUGACGAGAAAGGACCAGCGGCCUGCAUGUUUACUCAGCAAGUUGAUCAAGAGGGUGUUUGGUGAAUAGGCUGGGGGUCAGCAACCCAGGAUUGCACACCACACUCCAAGAGGGCUCAGGAUGCCUUUGGAGAGAAGGAAGGAAAGGCAACCAAACCACUGACAGGACAGCUGGAUAUGGAUGGGCAUGGUGGGCCAAGAUGACAUGUGAGGGAGGGGCAGGGCCUUUCCAGGAAUGUGGACUGAUUGGUGAGGAGGGUGUUGGGGAUUGGCGAUUAAGACCAAAGGGGCCUCUGAGCAGUAAUGGGACACAGAUUCAGAAUUUCACCUUUUUGUAUUUGACAGAGUUGCUGGAGCUCUGGUGUCCCUUUGGGCUGGGGUCCAGUCUGACUUGGAAGUUACCACCUAGCUGCCCAAUUACCUUGGCAGAGCACUCACUCUCCCAUGGACCAUUGACCGUUCUGUGUAAUCAGCAGGGCCUUCUGUGCUCCUGAGCCUGGCUGUUUGCAGCUGGGCUGUCAUCCUGAGGAUUUAGGCUCCAGGUGUGAGCCCUGUGCUGGCUGUGGGCCCUUUGCAGCAAACCUUGGCCCAGAUGGAUGCUCAUUCUAACCCAUUCCGGAAUAAAUGGAAACUUCCUGUGUUCACUGUUU